GACAACACUCAGCAGAGACAGAUUAGAAUCUCCCUUAAGUCACUUUAACAUCAAAUCAAAUCAACGACCAUAUCCAUGUCGAAUUGAAGAACUACCAGCAAUCAUGACCUUAACCACGGCCGCCGUCACCACCGCACACACCCUCCCUCCCCCCUUCACCUCCCCCACCUCUCCUCCCCUCGACCUCCGCGUCCAAGGCGCUGAAUCCCUCCUCUACAAAACCACCCUCCUCACCCCCUCCCUCCCCUGCGCCCUCAAAUACCGCCCCCCCAAAGCCUACCGCCACGCGACCCUCGACCGCCGGCUCACGAAAGCGCGCCUACUCGCGGAAGCGCGGGUGCUGGUGCGGUGUCGCCGCGACGGGGUGACGGUACCGGGUGUUCUGGGGGCGGAUUGGGAGACGGGGUGGAUCGCGUUGGAGUGGGUGGAGGGGAGAACGGUGAGGGAGGUGUUGGAUGGGGUGUAUCAUGUGCGGGAGCAUCGGGAUGCGCAGAGUGCGGAAGAGAAGGAAGGGAAGGAAGGGAUUGAGGGGAUAGAAAAGCAGCUGUUGGGGCUAAUGAGGAAGGUUGGCGUCGCCGUGGGGAAAUUGCAUUCGGUGGGAGUGUGUCAUGGGGAUCUUACUACCAGCAAUUUGAUGCUGCGGCCACGGAAGAAGAAGAGGACGACACACCCAGGUCAUGAUGCAGCCGAAGCGGCAGAAGCAGCCGAAGCAGAUAUCGCGAUGGAGGCCCUCCGAGAUGCCCAAGCGCAAGAACCAGAACCAGAGCAAGAGCUAGACGGCGACGUGGUGCUCAUCGACUUCGGCCUUGCCAACCAAACCGUCCAAGACGAAGACAAGGCCGUCGACCUGUACGUGCUGGAGAGGGCGUUUGGGAGCACCCAUCCCCAGGCCGAACAUCUCUUCCAGGAAGUGUUGAAUGCGUAUGGAGAGAACUACAAGGCCGGGCAGACCGUGCUACGAAAGUUAGAUCAGGUGCGGAUGCGAGGGCGGAAGAAGAGCAUGCUCGGAUAGAAGCCUGUGUCUAUGAUAUGCGAGGAUCAGGUCUAUAUAUCCAUGAAGUCAUCCUAAUCAUCCAACGACAAGUCUACAACUUCGACCUCCCAUCAUCCAACAAACUCAAUCCCGUCAACUUCUCCAGUUCCUUCACCGCCUCCCGAUUCUUCCCCAACGUUACCUUCACCGUCUGCAUCCCCAGCUCUCUCGCCCCCUUCAGGUUCUGCCCUAUGUCAUCAAUAAAUACCACCUCCUCCAUCCUCACCUCCCCCUUCCCCUCCCCCCUCCGCACCCGA